GCUCCACGUAUGCGCGAUGCCCAGGAGACUGAACCCUCCGGCAACCCUAACCGAUCGCGUGGGUACACAACUUCCCCGUCCCCCAACCAACCUCCCCAUCCCAAUCCCACCCCCACCGCCCGAAACUUAAAGCCCAACCCACUCCGACUCCGAUGGCCAGUGGCGGUGGUGGCGUCGGUCGCGGCCGCGGCCGCGGGGCGGGUGGUGGAGCUCAGGUCCCAACCCUCGGCGCGGGAAUCGCCGCGAGAGAGUGCGAAUCCUGCCGUGCCACGCCCGGCAUCCCCUUCUGCCGCGUCGAGUGGUCUUUCCUCUGCGCCGGCUGCGCCUCCGUCGUCCACGGCCAGAGCUGGAUCGUCGCUGUUCCCCCUACCGGAACCACCUUUGGCUCCAAUCUUAGCCCUGUUUCUGGCGCUUACGCUGCUCCUUAUGCUUAUCAGCACCCUUUCCCUCCUAAUCCUAGCCCUAAUCCUAGUGCUGCCGCUCCUCUCCCUAACCCUCCGCCCAAUUCUAAUCCCAACCCUAAUCCUAACCCCAGCCCUACGCCGAGUUCGAACCCCAACCACAUUGUGCAGCUGUCGUCGGACGAGGGUGAACAGUCCGCUGGAGAUCCAGGCGACGACGACGAUGGUAUCGGAGGCAGGAAACGGCGUCGGCCUUCAUCAGAAGGGGAGAGCGCGGGGCGUGAGGCCAGCGUGAUGAGGUACAAGGAAAAGCGGAAAAACCGGAACUUUGAUAAGACGAUCCGAUACGAGUCGAGGAGGGCUCAUGCCGAAAUGAAGCCAAGGGUCGGCGGGAAAUUUGUAAAAUCUGCGGAUGAUGUCUCCGGCGAGGUUGACGAUACUGCCAGCGCAGAACAGGAGGGCGUUGCUGUCGGAGGAGAGCUUGAUAGAGGCGGUGAUGCGAUCGUAAGGGACUCUAGUGAGGAGGCGAGGACCAACACAGUUACAGAGUUGGGUGAUCCCAUCAAACUGUUGAAACCUUUAGAUCCGGGAGAAAUGGUGAGCACAAGUCUGAGCUUUGAGGUGGAGCAAUUUGGAGGAGUGGAAAUCGAUGCUGCUGAGGAAGUUGGCCUCUUGUGAAUUUGAUCUUGGCCUAGGGCUUGCUGCUCGGAUUUGUCACUUGGGUUGGUUGUUCAAUAAUGGAAAUUUCCUCAAGGUAAGCCACAGCUUUCCUCUGUAUUUUAUCUUGCAAUGACCAAUAAGUUAUAGUGUGAGCUUUUAGGAUCGGCUUAAUGUUUCUCUAGUAAUUGGAUGAGAUUUUGUGCAUUGGUGUACUUUUCUUAAUCAUGAUUGACUGUGAUGGUCUGUUCA